ACCAGUCUUUUUUGCUGUCUCUCCCCUUUCUCGCUCUCCGUGUUCACCAUGUUCAAAACCACUCUGCGUACCGCCUUCGCUGCCAUUUUCGUUCUACUAACGCUUCUGAUCUCUCAAGCUCACGACAAUGGAGAAGGAACUCGAAGAAGAAGUAGAAGUAGACAAUCAAACGAGUGCAAUUUGUUCAAAGGAAGCUGGAUUAUGGAUCCAUCGUACCCGAUUUAUAACGGAUCUGAAUGCCCCUUCGUAGACUCCGGAUUGAACUGUCAGAAGAACGGAAGAGACGACACGAUGUACCUCAAGUUCAGAUGGCAACCUCAUCGUUGUGCUCUUGCGAGUUUCAGUGGCAAAAGGUUUUUGAGGAGAAAUAGAGGCAAGAAAAUCAUGUUUGUGGGCGACUCACUGAGUUCAAACCAGUGGCAAUCACUCGCAUGCAUGCUUUACCACUCGGUUCCUUCCACUAAGCAUACUUUCACGCGUGAAGGACCACUCUCAAAUCUUUCAUUCCCAGAAUAUGGAGUUUCGGUUAUGUACUUGAAAAACGGGUUUCUUGUAGACCUUGUGGUGGAGAAAGAGAGCCGAGUUCUAAAAUUGGACUCGAUAAGUAGAGGAGGGAAAUGGGAGGGAGUAGAUGUUUUGAUCUUCAAUAGCUAUCAUUGGUGGACACACAGCGGAUCCCUUCAAACAUGGGAUUACUACCAAGUCGGGGAAGAGAUAUACAAAAACAUGGGACGAAUGGAAGCUUACAAGAUCGCUUUGACCACAUGGGCGAAAUGGGUUGACUCGAACAUUAAUCCUAACAAGACCCGAGUCUUUUUUCAAGGGAUCUCUGCCAUUCACGAUGAGGGCAAAGAUUGGAAUGAGCCAAACGUCCGGAGUUGUGAAGGGCAAACCCUACCUAUUCAUGGACUUCAUUUUCCCGGGAAAAGAUACCCGGGGCAACACGUUGUGAAGGGCGUUUUGGUCAAAAUGAAAAAUCCGGCUUAUUUAUUGGAUAUAACGCUUCUUACUCAACUAAGAAAAGAUGGUCAUCCGUCCAUAUACGGUGACGAAGGUCGAGAUUGUAGCCAUUGGUGCCUAGCUGGGGUUCCCGAUACUUGGAAUCAAAUUUUGUACAAUAUUUUGCUCAAAAAAUAAUCUUUUUUGCAUUUAAUUAGAAGGUAAGUUCAACAUUUAAUUUGCAAAAAAAAAAGACAUGGAAUCUAGGUUUGUUUUUGUAUCCUUUUGUCUCUUAUCGGCAAAUCUAUGGGCUUUUGUGCUUGAUGCGGAUGAUCGGGUCCUUCGUACACCUUAAGAUGAGUAAACAAAUCUCGUCCAAGCUACAAAAUAAGUAUAACAAAUUUAAGAAAAAGGAAAGCAAAAUAUGAAAAUUGGAAGGGUGAUUUUGGAAAAUAUUGUUUUCCUCUUUGAUUACUACAUACCAAAAAACUACUCAAAUCAAACAAAAAGUUUGUGAACUUACCCUUCCUUUAGGAAGCAUCCCACGAACAGCAUGCUCAAUAAUCCUUUCAGGAAUCCUCUGUUGAAGUUGAUCAAAAGUUUCCACUGUCAUUCCACCUGGUCUUCCUGAAUGCCUCCUGUAAAGUUUCUGUAGCCUCUUUUUACCCGAAACAGCAACUUUCUCAGCAUUCACCUAA